AUGACGAACACGAGAGGCACGAUCGACGAGCGUCUCACCGCCUUGCUGGCGUCCACAAAUCAGGCGCAAGGAGAUCUCGAUGAUCGCAUCACCAACGUUCAGAGCGCGCUCGCGUCUCAGGCGGCUCAGUUUCAAGAAAUACGGACUCGUUCGGAGGGCCAUUCCCUGCAGUUCGUCACCUUGACGACGCGUCUGGACUCAAUGGAAGCUAACUCAGCAACACGUUUUGCAGAUCUGGAAACGAGCUCUGCUGCUCGGCUCGCAGACAUGGAGGCGCGAUUAGAUGAUCGUUUUGGUCAAUUCACACAGGAGAUUCGUAACUUGCUACAGGCGGUGGUUCCUCCUCGUCCAGCGGGGGGUGUUGCCGGAGCUGUGUUGCCGCCGAUUGACAGAAAUGCUCGUGGCAUUCUUCCUCUACCUAAUCAAGGUUUCCGUGGCGUUGACCCUGCCGUGGUACAGGCGGCGAGGGCUGAGCGUGAUCAAUUCCACGUUCAUGGGCCAGGUAACCAAAAUCAAUUCCACCAGCUUCCCCGUCUUGAUUUUCCGCCUUUCAAUGGCGACGAUCCUCGUGAAUGGACACGAAAGUGCGAGAAAUUGUUCGAGAUUUACGGUAUUCCGCCUGAUCAGAAGGUUAACUUGGCGGUGAUUUACUUUCAACGAAGAGCUGAUCUCUGGUUUGAAGGCUGGAAAAUAGGGAGACAGGAACUGAAUUGGGAGGAGUUCGUGGCGGCGUUGUGCCAGAGAUUUGGGAAUCGCACUUAUGGCGGUGUGGUAGCAGAGUUCAAUAAACUCCGUCAACGUGGUUCUUUGGCAGACUAUCAGGAGAAAUUCGAGGAACUACGGUCUUUAAUGUCACGUUUCAACCCUGCUCUGGAUGAGAUUUACUUCAUCAAUAGUUUCAUUAGUGGUUUGGAUGAGGAACUGCGCCCAGUCCUACACAUGUGGAAACCACAGACACUUGCGGAUGCUUUUCAGUUUGCUCAAUUGGAGGAGGCAUCGAAUUUGGCUUGGCAGAAGAAAUGGUGUAGCAGUCAAGGGAUGUCCAAUCGUCCUAUGGUGGCUUCUACUAGCACCAAUCCCAUACAGCCUCGUCGCUAG